GGCACUUGGCCACGCCCAGACCCUGACCCGAUCAAUGACUAAAUAGUCCGGAUUUUCAUUCUUCAAUGGCUCGCAUUGACGGUUCACAACGAUGCCGGCGAAGAUUGCUCAGCAGCUUGUCAUCUGUAGGACUUGCAAAGUCUGCCGAUCAAGAAAAGUAAAAUGUGAUGGCCAACGCCCUGAAUGCAGUGGCUGCCGUAUGAGAAGUCAUCGGUGCGAGUAUCCAGAAGAUGGUCGAAAGGCCGCCGUCCGGUCAAAGGAGUCAGAAAUUCAAUCACUACAAAGCCAGAUUGAACAGCUGAAGCCGCAAGUUUCCGAGAGAAGUCCUUCAACUGGUAUCGAUUCGUGUCUCCAAACUCGUCCACUUCUUCUGUUCCUGCACAGCUCGGGGAUGUACGUUCUUCGAGAUCUCCGUCUAGCCGGCAUCCGACAAACGCCGAUUUUCCCUUGCCUCAGCUACACGAGUGCCCUUCCCUUGAGGGCAACACGACCGUGUAUGGUGCCACCAGUCUUCUUCAUGAUGAUGCCAGCGGUCAUUUCUGGAAGAGUCCAACGUCAAGCAAAAACGAGAUCAAUGUCUUCUUGAAGAGAGUCGCGCAGGAUCGACUCAUAGCACAGGCUGCCACGUCGUAUCAAAGAGAAGCCGUCUUCUACUCCACGCCGAGCGUCUUAGCUAACGCGGACUUUGACGGUGCCUCUGCGGAUAUUGCGAUGCAUCUGCUGGAACCGCACUGGAACCGACUACACUACACAUAUCUCUGGACAUAUCGUCCCGCAAUCAUGGAUAGCAUUUUCAACAACGGACCCUAUGUCAACAA